AGAUCUACACAUCAUAUGGAUCACAUUGUGAACGACGUGAGGCCGAUCCAGCUGCACUGAACUCAGUCGGGCUUUGGCCGGAACACUGUGCCGACCAUAACGCAGUCAUUACCUGUCAUACACAACUUUAUAACACAUAAAUGCAGCUUCGUACAUUUCUCCACCUGUGCUACUGCUGAGGACGCUUCUACAGAUACCCAGUGUUCAGAAUGGCAGGCUGUGGAGAAGUGGACUGUUCAGUGAAUGCUGUUGCCUCCUCCAAGCUCAUAGAGGAAGUGGGAGACACAUCUGCUCCAGACCCCUCCAGUUCCUCCACCCCGGAGUGUGCCAUCUGCCUGCAGACCUGCGUCCACCCCGUACGCCUCCCAUGCUUCCAUGUCUUCUGUUUCCUGUGUGUGAAAGGUGCCUCCUGGCAGAGCAAGCGCUGCGCUCUCUGCCGACAAGAAGUCCCAGAGGACUUCCUGGAGCGGCCCGUCCUCCUCUCGCCUGAGGAACUGAAAGCAGUGGCUGCAGGGAUGAGCCGCAGUGGAGGGAUCGCAGGUGGAGAUCAUGCGUGGUACUAUGAGGGGCGCAACGGCUGGUGGCAGUAUGAUGAGAGGACCAGCCGUGAGCUGGAGGAGGCUUUCGCCAAGGGCAGGAAGAGCACGGAGAUGCUGAUUGCAGGGUUUCUUUACGUGGCCGACCUGGAGAACAUGGUGCAGUAUCGGCGGAAUGAGCAUGGGCGGAGACGCAAAAUAAAGCGGGACAUAGUCGAUAUCCCCAAGAAGGGAGUUGCAGGACUGAGGUUAGACCCAGAUCCUGCUCCCACUCCUGCUGUACCAGCUGUCACCCCAGUUGCAACAGAACGCAUCAGCUCAGCUGAUGGAUCGGACACUGACGGCCCAUCACAGUCUUCAUCCUUUGGGAUUAUGGCAUCUCUCCCCCCUGUUAGACCUCCAACACUCCUGGGGCGCCAUCUUACCAGUCCCCUUCCUCCCUCACCCUCAACAUUGGAAGAGUCCUUCUCCCAGCUCCUAAUCAGCCAGCCAGAAGGUGAAGAGGUGGAAGGAGACGAUGAGCUACACACGUAUGACUACGCAUCCGGCAGCAGUGACAGCGAGGAGGAAAGGGAGUGCGAGAGAGGGAGAGCAGGAUCAGUGCCACAGAGAAGACACGGGCAAAGGCCACUGAGAGAGAGCCAGCCAGCCAGGAUGCCUCCGAGGGGCGGGCCCUCCAGCUCUUCACUCAGUCUCCGCUCACGCAGUCCUGAUGGACAGUGCACUGUGACAGAAGUGUGACUGCGACUGGACAUUGAAAUCUGUUCUGCAGAUGACAGUGCUUAAACUUUAAUCAGGUCGGCAAAAAAGUUUGAAAACCAGUAUGCAUCUUUAAAGGUCCCGUGAAAUGAGAAAUACAUCUAUUGUGUUGUUACUUAAGUCACUGUAUUUAUUUUGCCCCAUCGAUCAUGUGCCAAAUAUGAUCCUAAAAUGUAUUUUACUUAUUUUUGUAAAAUAUUCUUGAGGUAUCCAAAAAUCUCCAUCAAAUUGAAUGUAUGAUUCAUGCAGAAAUGCUGAAACAGUUACAACAUCAAAGCCAUUUCAAGGGACCUUUAACAAACAAAUUAAAGCCUUUUGUUGACUUCAAAAACUAGCCAGCAAUACAGUGUGAACAGUGGUAGUUAUACAUCGCUCUUAGCAACAGGUUAUGUAGUCAAGAAUAACAUUCAUGAGCUGUGUUUACACCUGGUGUUAACAUGCGUCCCGGCCGAUCGGAUCACAGGUGGAUGGCUUUAAGUACAGAUGUGAGUGCACCUAAUGCCUCCUAAAUGCCUCUUGAGAUUGGAUCACCCAGACAACAUUUGGAGGCGGUCUGGGCCGCAAAUGGCCACAUUCUUUCAGCAGUGUGUGCGCUAAUGUGUCCUGGGCCACACUGAAGGAAUACCUGCUUCGCUGAUGUACUUGCUUAUCUGACGCCUCACCGAAUAAGAACACUUUUGGUGGUGCAGUUGCACUGACGCAGAGCUGAGAGACCGUCUCUUGAGACACUCUGCUCCUGGUGAACGGUCAAUUCAAUGUCUGCGAGGUUAGCAUGAGCUAACACAGCAGCAGCUAUUGACAGGGCCAAACAAACUCACACUAACAUCGCAGUGGCUCGACUCUGACGUUAAACCUGUUAAUAACCAUCAGGUAGCUUUAGCUGUGUGAUGCUAACUGGUCCUUUUUACACAGGGAUCACGUUAAAGGGCUGCUACAAAGUCCCAGCUUUAUGCCACCUUUGUAUUAUUACACAGAAGCAAACAACAACAUUGUGCUGUACUAGUGUGUGAUUUCAAAUAGCAUGCUUGCAUCCUAAAAGCAAGAGUGUGACAGUUGUGACAUGUAUCACAACAGCGUCGACCUCUAGUGUGACAUAUAACAUAUACACCGGCUGUGCUUUCUGAACAGUAAUAAUGGGAUAAUAUGGCAAUAACAGUCAUUUACUCUCGUCCUUUGCUUGGAGAGUAAGGAACUUCCAGACCUCAUUGUCUCACCAAUUCGUGGACAUUUUCUGCUGCUGUUCUUCUUCUCUGAGUUAGCUGCUAACUGCUUCUAGCUGCUUUAUAAAUCUCCCUGGGGUCGCACACCUAACGUCAUCAAAACAUCACAUCCACCCCGUCCUGCCAGCUGUCCUUUUUACACAGAUGUUUAAUCGGCGCUGUUACUACCUCUGCUGCCAGCUUAAAGGCGUGGCAACUCUGUCCCCUCAUUCUGUGAUCGUACCUUUUAAACAGAACAGUAAGGUGGAAUGAUGGCGUGACAUUACCACCUUGAUCAAGCAGUGUAAAACCAGCUGUCUCCAGCAUGGACCUUCUGCAGCAGUAUUGAGUAAAGGCUGUAUGUGUGCACACAGCGAGACAAAUCUCCUGCCAGUUAAAAACAACACAUUUGGUCUUUGCAAACGGCAAUGACGUAUGUGUUCAGUUGCAUAUAGAGCAGGGAAGUGAGAUCUGAUCACAAGUGGUCACUCGAGAUGCAUGUGGAGACGCCCUCUAACGUCAGGUGUGAACAGACGGACUCAGAGCUGACCACUUGGGAUCAGAUCACCCAAGACGCAUGAUGGUACCAGGUGGAAACAGGCUCUUGUUCAGGCCAAAAAAAGGUGACUAUGGUGACUUCUUGGUCAUUUGUCACUGCCUUUACAUCAGUUUGUGACAUGGCAAUACAACCUCUUUUCACAUUAAACCACAACUUCCUUUUCUCUGAUCUUUCAGUUAACCUGGCUGAUACUUUGAUGGUGUAAAAAUCAAGCUUAAUGUAGCAGCUUAUGUACAAGUUACAGAGCGUUAAAACUGCUUACCCUAUCCGCUUUGCCGCUUAGAUUUUUUGAAGUAAGAAGUUUUCAACAGGACCUAAUUAAUAAUAUUUAAGCUGGAGUUUGUGUGUGUGAUUGUGUGUGUGUGUGUAUACAUGUUUAUGAGGGGAGGAGAGGCUGUGUUCCCUGUGUUUUAGUAUGAAAGUCUUGUUUUAAUAAUGGCAUGUGUUUGUGUUGUCAUGAGCGGUGUUGGGUGCUGAAAACCUACUGGCAGAACCACUGGAAAGUGUUAGGCUAUAUAUGUAGAGAGACACAUUUGGAUUUCUAUUUCUUGUCAUAGUACUCUGGAUGGGGCUACUAUCAGAGCACUGGCACUGACAUGUACUUGGACGAUCUCGAGCUGUCCUCACGCACUCUGUUUGUUCCAUUUUUGCCUCAGCUGCUAUAAUUUUAACUGUCAACCUUCUCACUGUUGGUGUCUUAACUAUGUGAAUUACCUAAAGCAAACUUCUGUCCGUGUGGUGUUGCCUCUGUGGUGUUUUGUCAAGUUAUUAAAUAUCUAAUUUAAAAUCA